AUGCUGACACUGGUUUGUGCAUAUGCGGUGCUUGCGGGUGGCCGUGGCAUCUGUCGCUUGCUGCGCGACCGCCUACAUGACACAUCGGCAUGGACAACACCGGCUUGGUGCAUCGCAUAUCUGGCCACGAUCGACUCGGACAUGGUGUGGGGACAGACGGCAGGUGUUCCUCGGAAUCCGCAUGCAGAGCAUCUCGAGCCAGCAGAUGAGAUGCCAGACAUUGCACACGAGCCUGAUGGUGACGACGCGGACUUCGGUCCUUCAGAGCAGAACUUCAACGGUGGGAUAUCAGCAGACGCCCGAGCCGUGUUGCAGAGCAUCGGUGAAUCGGUCCUCAACCUCGCUGAACAAUCCAUGGCUUCGAAAGCGGCCAGUCACAACGGCUGGCGUCCCUUCAACGCUUUGGGCUUUUCAGGAGCUCAAGUUGCAUGGCAACGGAUCAGCCGGGAAAGUUUGACAAAAUGGUCAAGAGCAACUGCAGCAAAGCCCAUGUCUUUGUUUCCGGAUCAGGGCCUCAUUAUGAAGGUGCUGCUGGACAGGAUCGGCGAACUUUGGGUGGAUGGCGGCUUUGGCACUCGAGACCAGUUCUUGGAAACCUAUAGCCCA